AUGAGUGCGAUGUUUGCUGUCAUCGUCGCUGGACGUCCGGUAUUAAUCGUUUUUCAUGUGUCUGAAUUAAAAAAUUUGGACGCCGUGAACCAUGUGGUGGUGUUUCUCACGGGGCAGAUGCAGUUUCCCGGCGGUGUGGCCGGCGGAGGUAAAGUCAACGUCAACCUGCGCUGCUGUUUGUCGAAUUAUAGAGUAACGAGUUCAAAAUUGAAUGGGUGUCUCGAAGCAUUAAUUAUGAAGAAACCACUGUAUUAUUAUUAUCCGCAUACAGAGUCGAAUGUUUUAAACUGUUUAUUCAACUUAAUCCUUUUACGUUGUGUAGCUGAUUGUUGA